AUGUCGCAGUUUCGGGACACGUUCACGAAAGACGAGCAGCGGGAGAAUUUGUUAGACUAUGACGACAAUGCAUUUAUGUUCUUCUUAUGCAGUGUCACCGUCUGCAUAUUGAUACCGUGGAGCUUUUUCUUCUUUCGAAAAUGCCUCGCCGUGUCCAACGCCUACCGCCAAAAGUACCCCGAGAAGUCCGCCGUGGGUUCCAUCUUCAGAUACUGCAAAUGCAGUGCAUGUAUUGCACAGCGCGCUGAGCUUCACAAGAAGCUGUCGCUUUUCCGCACACGUUUCCUCACAAAGGGCAGGCUUGUUGAAUUCACAGCCCUCGUGCUCUGCUGGCUUGGCUUCGUCUUGAUCUGCCGUAACUUGCAAGACGUCCAGAGCAUCAAGACCUUCGACCCCUUCGAAAUCCUCGACGUCAGCCCCUCAGCAACACAGAGAGAAAUCAAAAAGGCCUAUCGUCUCAUGUCACUCAAAUACCACCCAGACAAGAACGUGAACGACCCGACGCAAGGUGCCAGGUUCAUCAUGAUCGCGAAGGCAUACCAGGCACUAACCGACGAAGUGGCAAAGAAGAACUACGAAAAGUACGGCAAUCCGGACGGCCCCGGAGGAAUGAAGAUUGGUGUUGGACUUCCCAGAUUUUUAGUUGAAGAAGGCAACCAAAUUUUCGUCCUAUCAUUCUUCUUCCUCUUUCUCCUUGUCGUCUUACCAAUGAUUUUCCUCUGCUAUUAUCAGCGGCAGAAGAAAUAUGCUCGUAGGUUGACGCUCGAGUCGUGGGAUUCUUUACCUCAGGUGUAUCUAAGGCUUAAAAUAUCUGUUGCCCAUGCUCCAGCAGGAUCGCGCCUUUCUGACGUUGCAGCUUGCGCGUAUAACGGGGAAUCUAACGGCGUCAUGGUCGAUACGGUGCAAUUCCUGACGCAUGUCAUGACAGAAGGCACACGGCUUAAGAAUUUGCCAGAGCUGCUUGCUGCUAGCGGAGAGAGCCGGGCAAUGAAGAUCGAACGAGACGAUGACAAAGACAUGAAGCAGAUAUGUGAUGCUGUUGUAGAGACCAAAAAGCGCAUAUUUACAAUGCCUGUAAUUGUCCGGAACUGUUACCUCAUCAAUGCUCACAUGCAGCGGCUGCACGAGCUAAUGAGCCCACGACUUCGGAACGAGUUAAACCAACUUCUCAAGGACUCGCUUUUGAUAACGCAGUGCAUGAUGGAAAUUUCCGUCCUCAGUGAUUGGUACAUGACGGCAGAUUCAGUCUUGGAGUUCCGGCGCUGUCUGGUUCAAGCAAUUAAUGGAAGGUCACAAUCGCUUUUGCAAAUUCCCCAUUUUGAUGAGGACAUUGUUCGCAUCUGCCAUCGGGGGAAGCAUGUUAUUCGCGAGCUGGGCGAGUUCUUACGUCAAGAGGGCGAGGAACGACGAGGCACCCUAGAUAUGUCAAAGGAACAGCAGGCUGACGUUCAGGCCUUUUGCGAGCAUGUCCCUAAUAUUGAGCUCCAAGCGGAGAUCGUUGUAGAUGACGAGGCGGAAAUCGUUGUCGGCGACGUAGCUACGUGCCGCAUAACUAUGACACGAAAGAACUUGAAGGAAGGCGAAGCUGCUGGAGCAGUACAUGCGCCAUACUUUCAAGAACCUAAAUACGAAGAAUGGUGGAUAUUCUUGAAGGAAAAGGGGGAGGGUGUUGGUGGAGGGCGUCUCAUCAAUUUCCUGAAGACCAGGAACUUGGAAAGAGUGGUCAAAGAGAGCUUGCAGUUUAGAGUGGGAAGGCCUGGGAAGAACGUGAUGACAGUUGCCGCAUCCUGUGAUUCCUAUGCGGGAGUGGACGUCUCAAUUGAUGUGGAAUUUAGAGCAUACACCCCCGAGGAAAAGCCUCGCGAAGUUUUCGUUCAUCCAGAGGAUAUCAGGCUGGACGAGGAGCCGACUCUCUUCCAACAGAUGCUCGGGGAUAUGAGUGUGAACUCGAGUGAUGAAGAAGAAGAGUUUGACAUGGAGGAUGCUCCAAAAGUCGUAAGAAAAAAACCGGCAGUAGAAACAGAAGGAUCAGCUACUGCAAAACAAGAUGAUGCAAAGCAUAGCGAGAAGGCCGGAGAAUCGGCUCCCUCUGCAGCGGUGCCAAAUAAGAAUCAUGACGGCACCGAGGUCGAAACCUCACAAGCUUCUUCGUCUUAG